AUGUUGGAAGUAGAGGACAGUGAUGAGGAGGGUCCUGAGAGUGACGAGGGGAGCGGUGGGACAGGUUUCCAGUGGCUGCUGGAGUCUGUCGCAGCUCUCAGUGGUACCAAGGUGGACAGUCUGGCUGCCCAGGGCAAAGGGAUGGCUGCUGCUCUCGGGCUAGGAUCUCGAAGCUUCGACGAGGUUUUCCUAGUUGUGGCCACUGGUAAGGUUCAUCGGUCCAUGGGAUCCCCCAAAAUGGCUGAUGGACUCCAGAGCAAGGUGGCAGUAUGCUGUUAUCCGAAGCUGGUCAGAGAGGCAGAGAGGCGUGUGCCUCUGACUCCCUCUGCCUUCCUGAAGGAGAUGUCUCUUACCACCCAUCAGAGGCUGGCCAGCACCCGGGAGAGGAGGCGGCCCUGGAUUACCCAGCUUCUAGACAUGGGUGAAGCCUCCUAUCACAAGUUCUCAGCAGUUGACCUGGACCAGAGCUUGCUUCAGCCUUUUCCUUCAGAGGUGGUAUUUCAGAACUACGUCCCCUUUGAGGUCUACGAAGUGCCACUGAUUCUGAGGAACACUGACAAGAACCCAUCCUUUGGCUGUAUUGCCAGCGGUCAGACUCCUGAGCCUCCCUGCAGAGGAGGGGAUGCAGACCCCUUCUCUGUGGAUCCCUCCAUCGGGACUCUUGGUGUUGGCGAUGCCAUGCAAGUGACAGUGGAGUUUCACCCGCUGAAGACCAGGGAUCAUUCCGGUUCCCUGGUAGUUCACUAUGACACAGGUGAAGAUAUUCACACAAGCCUCUAUGGAGAAGCUGUAGAUGUCAACAUCAGGUUGGCCAGGAGCUCCCUGACAGUUGAGAAGACUUACCUCACACUGUCAAACCACAGAUCUGUAGUGAUUCACAAUCGGAGUGAAAUCAAAGUCCACUUCCAGUGGAAGGCUUUUUCUACUCAGGAAGAGGAGGAUCAUCAGAGGCUGAGGCUGCAGGGGCAGAAAGAGGGCAAGAUGGAUCAUUGUCUGAGGGAGUGCAAGGUGGACUCUGCUCUGCGAGAACGCCUUCCCCUUCUCUCCCGCCCCUUCCAGAACCAGCGGGCAAAGGUGCAAGGAGACUCCAUGCUUUUCUCUGACGAUGUGUUCACCCUUGAGCCAAUGGAGGGAGAUAUCUGGCCAAAUUCUUCAGCUGAAGUUAACGUUAUCUUUAGACCUCAAGAAGCCAGAGUCUAUCAACAAACGGUCUACUGCGACAUCUCAGGCCGCGAGACCAGACUGCCCCUGCGCAUCAAAGGGGAAGGCAUAGGGCCUCGGCUCCGCUUCAGCUGUGAGCAGCUGGACAUCGGGAAGGUUUUUGUUGGAUUAAACCACAGCUAUGAGGUGGUCCUGUUUAACAAAGGAGCCAUCGAUGCUGCCUUCAACUUGGUCCCUCCAGCUACAGCUCUGGGCUCCUGCUUCACCUUCCUCCCCCAGGAGGGCAUCAUUUCUCCAGAGGGGCUCCAGGUCAUCCGGAUCUCCUUCAGUUCCACCGUCCUGGGGAAGUUUACAGAAGAAUUCAGGUUCAGUGUGAAUGGAUCCCCUGAGCCUGUAACAUUGACGAUCAGGGGCUGUGUCAUUGGACCGACUUUUCAUUUCGAUGUCCCUGCCCUCCACUUCGGUGAUGUCUCCUUUGGUUUUCCUCACACCUUGUCAUGUCGCCUCACCAACAACUCCUUGGUGCCCCUCACCUUCAAACUUCGCAUUCCUGGGAAUGGCCUGGGAGAGCCCAGUGUCAGCAGUUUUGCUCACAUGACAGACAACACUCACGUCCUCCAGAGAAAGGGAGCCCAGCGUCACCUCAGGCCAAGAGAAUUCACCAUAAAGCUCCGCAGAGGGACCAUCCACCCCCUGGGAUUCCUGGAUAUCCAGGUCACCCUGUGUUCCAACACUCUGCAGAGCUACGAGCUGGUUCUGGUGGUGGACGUGUGCGGUGUUGGCAGGGCGGUGUCGGCACUGCUCCUCACAGCCAGAUGCGUGGUUCCUGCGCUGCGAGUGCUCAACCCUGUCGUGAUGUUCGGACGGUGCUUCCUAAAAAUCCCUUACCAGCAGAUGCUGACCCUUGUGAACGACAGUGAUCUUCCAGGCUGCUACAGGGUUCUUCCUCAGGAACACAAGGAGGAUGCGUCUGUGUGGUACUCCAGCCCCGUGCCGUGGGGGAUUGUCCAGCCUCGCAGCUCGGUGGAUGUCCCAUUGACACUGGAGGCCCAGGUGACGGGAGAGCAGGACACUGUUGCUCAUGUUGCAGUGUUUGGGAUUGAAGGAUCCCCUCUGAAAAUCCAUCUAGUGAGCACUGGAGAAGGACCAGUUGUCUAUGUACAUCCAAGCAAAAUAAAUUUUGGCAGUAUCCAAGUUCUGCAAGAUGCCUCCCGAACUCUCCACCUCUCCAAUCAGAGUGUCAUCCCUGCAUCCUUCAGGGCAACGAUGGCUCACGAAUGCUCAUGCUGGAGGAUUGAACCCAGUGAAGGAGUGAUUCCCCCUGAGACAGAGGUGUCUGUGGCUGUCAUAGCAAGCUUGGAUGACACGGAGAAAUUCAAGGAUUAGGUGAACCUGUUCAUAGAGAACAGCCACACCUACGUUAUCCCUGUCCGGGCUGUUGUCAUUGGCACCACGAUUGUCACUGACAAACCCUUUGCUCCGGAGCUCAACUUGGGACCCCACUUCAGCCUGGAUCCCUGCUGUUACCGCUUCAAGAUAAUAAACAAAGGACGGCGCACCCAUUGGCUCUACUGGUCAACAGCAGGUUCUGGCUCGUUUCGCCGGCGUCAUUGUGUCCCUGCUGUCAGCACCAGCAAGGGCCAAGGUUCCUCCCAGAGCCCCAGACCUGCCCACCCUGUGUUUAAGGUUCAACCGCUGAGGGUGCAGCUGAUGCCGGGCAAGACUACGGAGAUGGUGCUGGAAGGCUUCUCCAGCACUCCGCAGGUUCAGCCCUCCAGUGCCAAAAUUUUUCACCAAACCCCAACCACCAAAGGAGGAGGGAGCCUGGUUGGAGCGCUCGGUGUCUGCAGGGAGCAGCUGCAGGGAUGGAGGUGUGGAGGAGCCAGCUGAAGCCCUGGGAGCCGGAGGGGAUCCUGCCCAGGAGUCAGCAGAUGCAGAUGACUCCCUGGAAGCAAAGGUGCUGCCAUCCCCUGCUGAGGAGCUGGAAGGGGCUGUGGAGACACAGAGCCUGGUGGGGAUCAACAAACGGAUGCAGUUGGUGGAGGCAGAGCCUGUGAGCUUGGGAAUGGAGGAGGUUUUCGAUGUCCUGCCACUCUAUGGUGUGCUGCAGCCAGGCAAGAGCGAGCGGGUCAUGUUCACCUUCUUUGGCCACACAAAUAUCGUCGCCCAUGUCACGGCGCUGUGCAGGGUGGAGGGAGGCCCAACCUACGAGAUCGCACUGAGUGGGGAGGCUUCACUCGUCAACUACCUCCUAGACGUCACCGAGAUCGACUGUGGG